AUGCCCGGCGCUGAAACUCUUCUCGUCAACGGAAACAUCUUCCAGGCCACCGGCCCUUCCGGCAAGGACCAGCAGGCCUCUUUUGCUUCGAGCCUCCUCAUUAGCGCAGAUGGAACGAUCAGACAUAUCAACACCUCGUCCAACCCUGAAGAAGAAGAUGAGGUAAUCCGUUCGGCUCGGGCCAGCGGCGCCACGGUGCACGACCUCCAGGGCCGGACGGUGCUUCCGGGCUUCAUCGAUGGACACCUGCACAUGCUCCUUCUUGGCCUCUCGCUCCAGAAGCUCGACCUCGGGACGUGCAAGGACUUAGAGGAUAUCCGGCGCACAAUCAAAGCGUACGCAGCCGCGCACCCGCAUGAGGAACGCAUCAUGUGUAAGUCGUUAAUGCAUACCCAAGUGCCCAAAGAGAUCAACCACGGCAUGUUGGACGAUUUAGACCCACGGCCCAUCUUUAUCGAUACAAAGGACCUGCACACUACCUGGACCAACCAGGCAGGCAUCGACGAGCUCGACAAGGGGCUCGGCAUCGGCACAAUGCCUGACCCUCCUGGUGGUAAAAUCUACAGGGACGCCGAGGGAAAACCCAUGGGGCUGUUCGAGGAGGCCGUUGUAUUUACGCUGAUCUGGCCGUGGAUCUCUCGCAUCUCGACGCUCGAGGAGCGGGCCAAAGCCAUCCAGCACGCCGUCGAGACGUUCAGUGCCGAGGGGUACGUGGGCAUGAUCGACAUGGCUAUGAACGAUGACAGCUGGGAGAGCCUGCUCUACCUAAGGACAAAAAGGCCCGACCUGCCCAUGCGCGUCGCUGCGUACUGGCUGUUGCGCCCUUCCCUGGACGAGACGGACGUGGCAGAGCAGGUGGACUAUGCGAUCGAGAUGGCGCGCAAGUACAAUGCCGACACGAGCCCAGAUCUGAAGGUUGUUGGCGUUAAAUUCGUCAGCGAUGGUAUCGUCGAUAGCUGCACCGCCGCUCUUUCUGAGCCCUAUACCCACUCAGGCACAUCGUCAGACCCCGUCUGGACCAAGGAGAUGCUGCUGCCGGCGGUCGAGAGGGCCAGCAGGGCAGGACUGCAGGUGGCAAUCCACGCGAUUGGUGACCUGGCGAUCCGUAACGCAGUGGAUGUCAUCGAGGCGGUGGUCAAGCCAGAGCAGAGGCCGCGCAUCGAGCACCUGGAACUCACAUCAGCCGAGGACGCGGCCCGCCUGGGCAGGCUAGGCAUCACGGCAUCAGUCCAGCCUGUGCACUCCGACCCAGCUAUUCUGCGGGCCUGGCCACGCCUCAUCGGCCCGCACAGGUGUGAGAGGGCGUUUGCCUACCGUGAUAUGGCAGACAGCGGGGCGACGAUUGCGCUGGGAAGUGAUGCACCUACGGCGCCGCACAGCUUGCCAGCGAACUGCUACGUGGCAACCAACAGGCGGAGCGCCAGGGAGCCUGAGCUCGAGACGGUCGUCAACCCACACUUUGCGCUGGGGCUGUGCGAGAGUGUGGUCGCCGGAACGCAGGGCGGGGCGUACAGCUGUUUCAUGGAGGGAACCACAGGGGCGAUUCAGAAGGGGCUCAAGGCCGACCUGGCUGUGCUGGAGAUGAAGUGGGACAAGGAGCGGCUGCUGGAGGCACGGGUUGUAGAGACGUGGUUUGGAGGAAGGAAAGUAUUUGGGUGA